AUGGUGCGAGGUGGCGGUGCGGCUAUAGCGCCGCCCUGCUGGGGCCUGUGGGCGGUGGGCGCCCUUUCUCUGGCGACCCUGUGUCUGACGGAGGAGGCCAUCCGCUGCCCCGUGUGCUCCGAGGAGCGGCUGGCCAGCUGCCAGCUGCCUGAUGGCAGCUGCGAAGAGACGGUGAGGGAGGCGGGCUGUGGCUGCUGCCCCACCUGUGCCCUGGCCAAGGGGGUGCACUGCGGCGUCUACUCGCCGCGCUGCGGCACAGGGCUCCGCUGCUACCCGCCACGGAACGUGGAGAGGCCCCUCCACUCGCUCAUGCAUGGACAGGGAGUGUGCACCGACGAGAGGGAUGUGGAAGAGAACUCAGCGAUGGACAGGCAGGAUGAGAUCAUCCCUGAGCACCCCAAUAACAGCAACAUCCGCUGCAGUCCCCAGGACAAGCGCUGCAUCCAGAAGACCCUGGCCCGCCACCCCGCCAAAUCCACCAAUCAGAGAAGCAACAACGCCAGGGAGGACCCAAAGGCUGCCCUGGCUCCAUGUCGUGCUGAGCUGCAGAGAGCGCUGGACCGACUGGUGUCCAACACUCGCACCCAUGAGGAUCUCUACAGCAUCCCCAUACCCAACUGUGACAAGAACGGAGACUUCCAUGCCAAGCAGUGCCAGCCAGCACGUGACGGGCAGCGGGGAAAGUGCUGGUGUGUAGACCAGAAGACGGGCAUGAGGCUGCCAGGGCCCCUGGAGCUGCGGGGGGAACUGGACUGCCACCAGCUAAUGACUGCAACCAUGAGAGAGUGAGGAUG